AUCUGACCUCAAUGAAACAUGGGUGAGAUUUGUAAAAGUGAAGAGUGAUAAAAGUAUUCCUUCUAGAGAAAAUGCUCCUCAUGGUUAUUUUUGUUUGUUUCAUCAGAAGGCAAUGAUCCAAAAUGACAUUACCAAGUAAGCUUCUGAAGGGAGAAAAUGUGUAGUUUUGUGCAAAUAUGACAGAUUAAGAAGAGAUGCUGAACAUGAAAAAUACAUUUAUUCUGACGACAAUUAGAAUUUGAUAAUAAGCGUCACAUACAUUCUCUCUGAAAAUGUUAUAAGUUAUGAUUUAUUAUCCCAGCGACCCUACAUGGACAAGUGGAUAUAGAAAAUAGAUGAAUGCGUUUUUUAUUUUAUUUAUUUAUCUUCCACAAAUAAAGGACUAGCAUGCUUACACACGUGUUAUAAAAUUAAGUGAACUUAGUUCAACUACCUUUCAUCACUCCUCUCAUCUGGAUAGUUUUCACACACACACCUUCAUAUAGGACGUUACCCAGGGUGCAUUUCCUCUUGCAGUUCACUCAUCUCCAUGGCAACCCAACACUCAGAUCCAUCAGGUUUCCCAAGCUGACAUCCUGCGCUGAGAGAGGAGGUAAGUUUUGUUUCUAGUCAGUCAGAAGGCAGCAUAGCAGUUAGUUGAACAGUUUAAUACAUUUAAAAGUUUAUUUUCGUGUAACUUGCCUGUUGCUGCUUUAACUUGAUUUCUUUGCAGAUUUAAGAUGCAAACUUUGAAGACGCAACUCUUUAAACCAAUUUAAAGUUUACCACUAAAUAAUUAAACGUCCUUGAGAAAAAUGCUGCAUUAGUUUGUUUAACCCUCUGGGGGCAGGCGUUGCAGAUUUGCAACGUUAAAACCUACCCAGGGCCUCAUUUAUCAAGCUUGCUUACGCACAAAAACAAGGUCGGAAAACUGCGUAAGCAAAUUUCCACGCAAACUUUGGGAUUUAUGAAAGAAAACUUAGCAGAAAAAUGUGCGCAACUUUAAGUUGACUAAGGACCUGGCUUACGCACAUGUUGGACAUGGAGAGCACCUGCAGUGCUGCUGCUGAGAAGGAUAAAAUUAUGAAAUCCUGCAGCAUUAUCACUUGUACCGCUUCGUUUUCACACAGAACAAGACCCCCCACACGCACACACACGCGCGUACACAUACAUGUGCACACACAUGCGCGCGCAUGCACACACACACACACACAGCCUGAAGCGCAGAAUACGGAAUGCAGAAUAUCAGCAGGGGGACAGAUUAAGACAGAAUGUCAUGCGUCUGUGACAGUCACUGUGACCCGAUUGAUCAUGCGCCCUGGUUACUUGUACAGGGGAGAUCUCCGUUUGGCUGACUGGUUAGCGCGCGUGACCUUCACCCAAGAGUCUGGGGAUCAAAUCCCGUUUGGAUCAUUUUUUUAAUAUCCGCCACAGAUCUCUCCUAAGAAUUCACAACAUUGACGGCUUCAGCAACGCUGUGCCACUCUGUGGAUUUUCUCUUAUUUGUUUUGCAAAAGCACUUCCUUUCAUUUCUCCACCUCACCCGCAGGUAUCUCAAUUUCUACUUCUGUGAAAUUCCUUGAUCUGCCUUGAUCUACGGUCGCCAUCGUCAUUAACGAAGCACUGCAACAGCCGGCUUAUGUAUAUGCAUGAGAUCCACAAGGCACUUUGCAUUGAAUAUUUAUGGCAGUAAGUGGGCGUGGUGAGGGCGGGAUGUGACUAAGAUGCAGCUGAGAAACAUUCUUGUUAGUCUCCGAUUUAGGAAGCGGAGAUUGCAUACAGCUGUGCGUACUCCAUGGUUGAUAGAUCACAAACCUACUUGGCAUAAGUACAUUUUUUUGCUGAGCUUAAGUACAGUUUUAGUAAGGAUUCUACACAAUGUUUGAUAAAUGAGACCCCUGGUUACUCCACACACGUAUUUCAUGAGCAUUUUUUAACUCGGAAGUACCGCUGAAGGACUUAGUUUGUCCUUUUAUCAAAACUUUGAGCCUGAAAGGGUUAAAAGGACUUGAUUCUACUGAUGCAUUCCUAAUGUUUACUUUGCGGAGUGGGAGGUGGGCAAUGCUUUGUCCCCUUGGAGAAAAGGUUAUCCGACUCUUGUUUCCUGGACAACUGAGCAACAAAACGACCCGCUCAGCCCUGAACAUACAGAUCAUCUACAGACGUGUCUCUAGAUUGAGGACAUGGCUGGGCGUGAUGAAACAUGGAGCGAUGCAGAAGACACUGGCUCUCUGAGUGUGUUCAGAUGGGACCACUGCGAUCUCCUCCUGGAUGCAGUGGAUAUUCAGCUUGACCAGCUGCAGAUCCAACCUCCCACAGAAAACAAUCACAUCAAACCAGCUACACUUAGAUGGAGCAAAGACACAAGACUUGGAAGCACGACUCAAACAAAUGACACCUCCAUGUCUUGUCUUGAGUUAAUCCACACGCCGAUGAUGAGGACAACACCUGGUGAUGUUUCAAUAUCUGUAUCCGCACAAGAAAAUCAAAUCACAGCGGGCUCUUCUUUCUGUCACGAUGAAAUCAAAAAGAAGCUAAAAGGAAGCUCAAGUGUUGAAGAGGAAGUUGAAUCAGAAGGGGAUCUGGUCACCUGGCGGCUCCAGAGGCUUCUUGGAGACGUCUGUCAGGAAGGAACUGCUGGAGAAACACAUUCUGCUUCAGACAGCAUCUGCACAGAGGACUUUUUCUGGUGCUUCAGAGAGGAGAUGGUGGAUCUGUCUCUGUCAGAAAUGGGACCUGAUGGAAAGACAGAAAUUUCUGAGAGCGACACUAAUCUGAGUAGUCAGAACCGACAAGUCGCUCAGUGUGAAGUAAACGUGUCACAAGUCAGAGAAGGAGCACAGAGACAUGGAAGCUGCAGUAAGUUCUCUUGCAGAACGGAGGUCAUAACCGACCAUGAAAAUGUAUCUUCUGACAGUGACGUUGAUGCAGUUUGCACUGAGCAAGUAAAACAGCACGUCCACAAGUGGACAGGACCCUUCAUCACUGAUCUGAAUGACUUUGACACAACCACACAAGAUGAGACUGAACGUCUGUCUGCAUUAGUGAGAAGCUCCUCCAGUGGGCGUACAGAUGAAGCUCAGAGUAACGGGACAAAAACCAGCAGGAAGGAAGCAUCCACACCUGGGAGGACAUCAGAGAAGACGGACUGGAAGGAGAUGAAGUUUACGUCCCAGCGUGCCGUUCAGCACCUGAGUGCAGGAAGAGCACAGAUAGAGGAGAAGAAGGCUUUGGAGUCUCUUCUGGGGGAAGGCAGGACAGAGAGAGAGUCCAUCAGCAACCAGCUGCAGAAGCAAAGAGAGUCCUGUCUUCAGAUUCAAAAAGCAUCUCCACAUAAACAGAUUCUAGACGAGGAAUGCAAGAACAAGAAACAGAAUAAAGUUGUGACGUCAGAGAUGGCGCCUCAGCUGGAUUGUACCCAAACAGAACUAUUUGUGGAGCAGCGACGUGCACGAGAGAAGACUGAAUCCCUGCAGCAGAGACUGGAGGAGACUUGUGAGGAGCUUCACGGAGCCUCAGAGGCAGAGAGCUCACUGGGAAAUGGAUGUCUGCGUACUCAGAAAGAAAGAGAAAAGCUGAAGAGGGAGCUGCAGAAUCUGAAACCCCCAAACCACACAGAGCUGAAGGGGGCCCAGGAACAAACUCUGAGUGAGAAAACGGUGCUGCAGCAGGAAGUUCAGCUGGCUGUGAGGGAGAGCGACAGGCUCUGGGCGAUGCUGGAGGAUAAAACAAGCGCCCACAAGAGAUUCAGAGCUGAGACGGAGCAGCAGCUCCGACUCUGGGCCCAGCAGCUGGCAGCAGAGCUCAAACAUCUGCACCUGUUAGUAGAGCACAACAGAGACCUGCCUCAGAGCUUUACUGUUGCUGAAGCUGUUGCACACCUGAGAACAACACGUGAGCAGCUGCAGCACUUCGUUAGGCGACUUCAUCAACAGCUGGAUUCACAGAAACAAAUGAAUGAGCAGCUCAGAAAGGAGAAGGAGCAAGAACUGAGGGUCCAAAGGCAACAGCUGAGAGCAGAGAAAGACCAAGCUCUGAACUCUAUGAGGAGACAACUCAUCCGGGAGCAUGUUGAGGAAUUGAGCUGUCUGAAAUGGGCUCAUGUGAGUGAGACGGGAGGAGUGGCAGCUUGUCUCCGCAGGCAGCUGCAAGACAAAGAUCUGGAGCUCAGGCAGGUCCAGAGAAGCAUGGCUGAGUGGAGACGGCGAACCGCCGCUCGUCUGGCGUCACAGUUUGAACAUCAGUUGACAGCUGAACUAGAAAGGUGCAAGGUGGCGCUGAUGAGGAGCAGAAGAGCAUCAAAGACUCUAGAGGCGAGGCCCAGAGGAGGGACACACAGUUCAAAGGAAACUGUUUGCUCCCACCGGAUCCACGCGGUGAACUCUGCAGCCGCUCACAUCUCCACAGACGUGGUGUCAUUAAAGCUUCUACGUCACCUGCAGGGCAAAGUGAAACAGCUACGGGUGGAGACCCAGGCCUUCUUGUGGAGCCCAAAUCCACCAGACCCACCAGUGGCUCUAUCUGUGAGUGAGGUGAAGACGUUGCUGAGAUUAAGAGGCAAACCUCGUGAAAUGGAAGAUUAACAAGCAGGUCACAGUGACAUGUGGCCACUGAGGUCACACUCACCUCAGCUGAGGAAGCGAGGUUUUAUGGCCGACGAGAACACUGAACUGUGUGUGAGCGAUAAACCUCAGAGGAAACGGAGGAUGAUGAAAGUUUCAGCUACAUGAAGCUGGCGGGUUCUUCAUGGAGUUUCUAACGUCACGUUUCCUAAAAUCAAAUAGAUUUCAUUCUAAUGUUCUACUAAAAUACUAAUAAUGAAUUUUUGUUGUUGGAUGAGC